AUGGGCGCAGGGGCCAGCGCCGAGGAGAAGCACUCGCGCGAGCUGGAGAAGAAGCUGAAGGAGGACGCUGAGAAGGAUGCCAGGACCGUCAAGCUGCUGCUGCUGGGGGCAGGGGAGUCGGGGAAGAGCACCAUUGUCAAGCAGAUGAAGAUCAUCCACCAGGAUGGCUACUCGCUGGAGGAAUGCUUGGAGUUCAUCGCCAUCAUCUACAGCAACACGCUCCAGUCCAUGCUGGCCAUUGUGCGGGCCAUGACCACCCUCAACAUCCAGUAUGGCGACUCGGCCCGCCAGGAUGAUGCCCGCAAGCUGCUGCACCUCUCUGACACCAUCGAGGAGGGCACCAUGCCCAAGGAAAUGUCAGACAUCAUUGGGCGGCUCUGGAAGGAUGCAGGCAUCCAAGCCUGCUUCGACCGUGCCUCCGAGUACCAGCUCAACGACUCGGCUGGAUACUACCUGUCGGACCUGGAGCGCCUGGUGACCCCCGGCUACGUCCCCACGGAGCAGGACGUGCUGCGCUCGCGUGUCAAAACCACCGGCAUCAUCGAGACCCAGUUCUCCUUCAAGGACCUCAACUUCAGGAUGUUCGACGUGGGCGGCCAGCGCUCGGAGCGCAAGAAGUGGAUCCACUGCUUUGAGGGGGUGACCUGCAUCAUCUUCAUUGCGGCCCUCAGCGCCUACGACAUGGUCCUGGUGGAGGACGACGAAGUGAACCGCAUGCACGAGAGCCUGCACCUCUUCAACAGCAUCUGCAACCACCGCUACUUCGCCACCACCUCCAUCGUCCUUUUCCUGAACAAGAAGGAUGUCUUCCUGGAGAAGAUCAAGAAGGCCCAUCUCAGCAUCUGCUUCCCCGACUAUGACGGUCCCAACACCUACGACGAUGCCGGCAACUACAUCAAGCUGCAGUUCCUGGAGCUGAACAUGCGUCGGGACGUGAAGGAGAUCUACUCGCACAUGACCUGUGCCACCGAUACCGAGAACGUCAAGUUCGUCUUCGACGCCGUCACCGACAUCAUCAUCAAGGAGAACCUCAAGGAUUGCGGGCUCUUCUGA